AUGAGGAGUAUUAAAACCAAGACUUCAUGGGGAUACAUCAACCGCAAAAACAAGCCUACACUUAAUGUUCAAGCGACAUGUGACAGCAAGGAGAUGUUCACAAGUGUUGAUGUCAGUUGGCCCGGUUCCGUACAUGACGCCCGAAUUUGGAAAAAUUCUCCAGUUAGAGAGGUCAUGCGUACAACACGUAACACUGUACUAAUAGGGGAUGACGGAUACGGUUUAGAGCCUUGGUUGAUGACACCGUUCUCAGUUCUAGAUAACGAAAGUGAAAGCAAAUUUAAUAAGUUGUUAAAAAAAGAAAGGGUGGUCAUAGAAAGGUGUUUUGGGCAGCUGAAGCGGCGAUUUCCAAUACUGCAGUAUGUGUGUCGUGUCAAACUUGAAAAAGUACCAAAAAUCAUAGUUGCUUGUGUUGUGUUGCACAAUAUUGCAAAAAGUUUAGGCGACCCUGAUUUUGAACACGAUGAGGAUAUCCUUGAAGAGGAUGAAGACUUGGGCGAUAUUGCGGCUGAUGCAGAGAUCAGAGGUAAUCUGCGUCACGAAGGACAAGCAGUGAGAAGGAACUUGGCUGAAAUAAUAAGUCAAUUGAUUUAA